AUGGAGACGACGCUGCCUCUGCCCUUCGUCAUCUCCGUGCCCGUUCCCCCGGACUGGACUGAGGGUGACGGAGGCGGUCCUGGCGGGCUCAGUCGCGAAGAGGUAUCAUGUCUUGGUUGCAUCUUCUUCGACGCGAGCCCGCAAAAUUUCGACACGCUCCUCAACCACUUAAGCCAGACCAGUACGGAUCUACACACUUUCUUCGAUGUCACCGGUCUCGACUCCAACGACGAUGUCGUUACCAUCUUAGAUAACGGUGCGCGGAAGGUCUUUGUCCAACCCGAGAGGUUAUCGGAUUUCGCACAGUUCGGUCGGCGGGUUGCCCCGGCUGUAACCAAUCCGAGUCAGCUCGGCCAGUUGUCCAUCGGCACCGAACACGGCUUACUGUUAAAGGAUUUCGAUCAGCGGACCUUUGAUGUUUCCGGCUUCAUGCAGUCGAGCAAGGCUACCAAGAUGCCUGCUCUCUAUGUCAAGCCGACCCGCGAUACUGUCUAUAGCCAAUUCGUCGAUAUAUGUUCUCAAAUAUCGGCCAUUCCUGUCAUACCCUCCGCCGAGUUGACUAGUGACAAGACCAAAGCCGACAAGGCGAUAUUCGUGCCUACAUUGUUUUCGCAGGCUUGGAAGUCGGAUAGACCAGACCACCUGCUGCCCACGGUUGUAUGUGACGAAGGAGGCAUUGCUCUUGGAUUGGUGUAUAGCAGUGAGGAGAGCGUCGCCGAGUCUCUAAGAACCCAGACGGGCGUGUACCAAAGCCGGAAACGAGGCCUCUGGUACAAAGGGGCAACUUCAGGAGACACGCAGGAACUAGUUAGGAUAUCUCUGGAUUGCGACAACGAUGCGCUGAAAUUCAUCGUCAGGCAAACGGGCAAGUUCUGUCAUCUGGACCAGCAUGGAUGCUUCGGCGAUCUAAAGGGGGUCCGAAAACUCGAACAAACAUUGGUCUCGAGAAAACAGUCAGCGCCGGAAGGCUCGUACACAAAACGGCUCUUCUCGGACGAGAAGCUGUUGCGGGCUAAGAUAAUGGAGGAGGCGGAAGAGUUGUGCAACGCUCAGACGCCACAGGAUAUUGCUUUCGAAACCGCAGAUCUAAUAUACUUUGCCCUGACGAAGGCCGUUGGCGCCGGGGUGAGUCUCUGUGAUAUCGAGAGGAAUCUCGAUGCCAAAAGCCUCAAAGUCAAGAGGCGACCAGGCAAUGCUAAAGGACAGUGGGCCCAAAAAGAGGGUAUCUCCAAUGGCACGGCGGACAAGGCAAAAGAAACCGCGCCCCCGCCAACUGCCCCCGCGGCCCCGGACGCGCAGAAGAUUACUCUGAAGAGGGUGCACGUCAGCAAGGUCGACGCGUCUGAAGUCUUCGCCGCGCUGAAAAGGCCGUCGCAGAAGUCAGCAGGCGCCAUCUUGGGCAUCGUCACCCCCAUUAUCAAUGACGUUCGACAGAACGGCGAUAAGGCACUGUUAUCCCUCACUCACAAGUUCGAGAAGGCGACAACCCUAACUUCCCCCGUUCUCAAGGCUCCAUUUCCAGAGUCCCUCAUGCAGUUGCCGCCCGAGACUAUCAAAGCGAUCGAUGUCUCAUUCGAGAAUAUCUACAAGUUCCACUCCGCCCAGAAAGACAAGCCCCUCCGCGUGGAGACUAUGCCGGGAGUCGUGUGCAGCCGGUUCUCCCGGCCGAUCGAGAGAGUUGGUCUAUAUGUGCCGGGCGGGACGGCAGUCUUGCCCAGCACCGCCCUCAUGCUCGGGGUCCCCGCCAUGGUGGCCGGAUGCAAGAAGAUCGUCAUCGCCUCUCCGCCACGGUCCGACGGUAGCGUCACGCCCGAGAUCGUGUACGCGGCCCACAAGGUCGGCGCUGAAAGCAUCGUGCUAGCUGGCGGGGCUCAAGCCGUCGCCAGUAUGGCGUACGGUACCGAGAGCGUCAGCAAGGUAGACAAGAUCCUCGGGCCGGGGAAUCAGUUCGUGACCGCUGCCAAGAUGUACGUCAGCAACGACACCAAUGCCGGCGUGAGCAUCGAUAUGCCGGCCGGCCCGUCUGAGGUGCUCGUAGUUGCCGACAAGGACGCCAACCCUGCCUUUGUCGCUUCGGAUCUACUGUCCCAGGCCGAACACGGCGUCGAUAGCCAGGUGAUCUGCAUCGCGGUCGACCUGACCGAACAGCAGCUGCAAGCGAUAGAAGACGAGGUUCACAAGCAGGCCACGGCUCUGCCGAGAGUAGACAUCGUUAGGGGUGCCAUUAGCCACUCGGUCACGUUCUUAGUCAAGGAUGUGGAAGAGGCGAUGAGGAUUAGCAACGAGUACGCCCCCGAGCACUUAAUCCUACAGGUCAAAGAUGCCGAAAAGGUCGUGGAGAAGGUUAUGAACGCUGGUAGCGUAUUCAUUGGCCAGUGGACCCCCGAGAGCGUCGGCGACUACUCGGCCGGUGUGAACCAUUCGCUACCCACGUACGGUUACGCCAAGCAAUAUUCAGGGGUGAGCCUAGGUUCUUUCCUCAAGCACAUCACAAGUUCCCACCUGACGGCGGAGGGGCUGCGGAAUGUGGGUGGUGCCGUCAUGCAACUGGCCAAAGUGGAGGAGCUCGAGGCACACAGAAGAGCCGUGAGCAUCCGCCUGAGUAGCCUGGACAGGAGACGAGCAUAA